GCAAAAUAAAGAAGAGGCGGAAACCACGCACGCACUGCGACAGCAUGAUAGACCCAAUUUAGGUUCAUAAAAAGCGCUGCGCUCUGAGCCUUUAGCGUAGUUGUGACACAUUUUGCGCUCAGACCGGUGCCGUGAAGAGAAUAUAGACAUUUAUUAUUAUGAAAUGUUUAUUAUGACACAACUAACAAAAUAGUCAAACUUUACAGUCAAGGCGGGCCAUCUGGUUCACAAGUGAUAACGUGUCCGCUGGGUUUCCAAGUUUAAAGAAAAAGCCUAAAGCUCAACACCGGACCCGUUUAACGAGCACGGUUUUGUGGAUUCAUUCUUGUCACGUGACAAGAGCGGUCCCGUUCUAAACUGGUACCAUUUAUCCCCUGUAAACCGGGCAGGAUGUUACGAGCUCAUCAGGGGCCAUAAAGGAGAGCGGAUACACGACCUACGGCACUGUCCAACCAAAAUGUCCUCACCAGGGUCCAGGCGGAAUAGUUACCGUGGAGCUGCGUGUGGAAGCCGGGCAACGUUUGAAUACCAAGUCCGUCGCCGGAGCUCCAGCUGUUCUUACUUUGCCUCUGGAGCGCAAACCGGAAACUUUUCUGUCAGACUGAGCCAGCCGAUAUUUACUGUAACGCUCCGGUUUUUGCUGGCGAUAGAUCUAUGGCUGUCCAAACGGCUCGGAGUGUGCGCCUGUGAGGGGUCUGCAUGGGGCGGCAUACGGCCCUUGGUCCGGCUGGUCGAGUUCUCCGGUCAUGUCAUCCCGUGGCUCAUCGGCACCGUGUACACUCUUCUCCGUGGACGAAGUGUGGAGGAGCAAGAGAUCAUGCUGAAUUUGGCAUUGGCUCUGAUUUUGGAUUUGCUGUUUGUCAGACUUGUGAAGACUCUGGUCAGACGUCGCAUGCCCGCCCAGAACCGCUCGGAGAUCCUCUCCACCUUCUUCGUGGAGCGUUAUUCCUUUCCCUCCGGUCACGCUUCACGGGCGGCCAUGUGCGCCCGGUUCUUCCUCGCCCAGCUGGUGGACACAGACUCCAUGCGGCUCCUGGUGGUGGGGUGGGCUGCUUUGGUGAGCCUGUCCCGACUGCUGCUUGCAAGACACUAUGUGACAGAUGUGGGCUUUGGCUUGGCCAUGGGCUACUGCCAGUACAGCCUGGUGGAAAGACUGUGGGUGACUUGGAACUGGUUGCAGGACGCGCUGCUCAUUGGCCUGGGAGAGAGGCUGAACAGGGCUUACGAUGGACUCUGGAUGAUAGAUGGGAAACAUUAGGUCAGGUGUGUGUGCAUGUAGGGAAAUGGUUGAACAUGAGUGGGUAAUUCUGAAAUUCCUGAUUAUUGAUGUUAUUUUAGGAUACUUAUAUGUUUUUCAAAAAUCUGUAUCAGCGUUAUGUGUUUGUCUUUGUGUUUACUUUUAUUUUUAAGUAGAAGUAUUAAAUGUUUUACCUCCAUUAAGCUGCUUGUUUGCACAUCACUACUGAUAAUGCAUGGACUUAAUUUCACAAGCCUGAAACCAAUGUUGAAUUUAUUUAAUUAAAUUUUUUAUUUUAAAAAAUUACAUUAUUUUUUUUGAGUGCGUGUGAAUGUUUAAACUGUGGUAUAAAAAAAGAGACUUCCACCUUGACAUGGUUCAUGAUGUGAGAAUUUCAUCUGUUUGUUUAUCAUGUGGUUUAGCAGUGACUUGUCACAAUCCAGUGUGUUUGUGUGAACAUUGUUGUGGGGAAAGUCAACUCACACUCAAGCAAGUUUCCAUCAGCUGCUGCUGCUGAGUCUCCUGACUGUCAUUGCACGGUAACACAUUCCAUCUCAUCUUACAGUGUUGAUAAACUGCUGCCACCACCUCCUUUUUAACAUACCGAAUACCACUUCCAAAUCAAACAGUUGCUACAGAAAUCGUAACACUCGAUACAUGUGGGUUUGGAGUUAACAUGUUGAACAGGUUAAGAGAGCAGACGCUUGGGUAGCCUACAUAAACAGAGCUGGAAAGUGUGACAAGUUGUGUUCAGGUUGCAAGUGGGAACAUGGGAUAUUUUCAAGAAAAGCUGCUUAUUUUUAUUGACUUUCAUAUAAUGCAGGUGAGCUGAUGUGUGGGUGUGUCUGUUAGCGGUUUUAUUAGUCCAAGAAAUGUGACAGAAGUAACCUCAUCUCUUUCAGUUUCAUCGUGUGAAUACAUAUACUCCAUAUUUCAACUUUUAUUAUCUAAAUUUAAAGAACACAGUUGUGUUUAAAUAGGAACAAUUUUCUGAAGGCUUUCUGUAAUUAUAAAAGGAGAAGUACAUUUAUUGAAUGUACUGUGUAUCUUAGAACCUCAAUUCCAAAAAAGGUUGAUAUGCUGUAAAUGUAACUAAAGCCAGGAAAGUAUAUUUUAAUCAUAAUACAGCAUGGAAAACAUAUCAAAGGUUUACAAAGAGAAAAUAUAUAAUUACAAGAAGAAUAUUAGCUCAUUUUGAAUUUGAUGGCUGCAACAAGCCUCAAAGUUUUGCCAGAGCCAUGUUUAGUACUGUAAGACAAAUCCUGUCUUCUUUUAAAAGCAGUACGUAAUUCUCUCGGGAACUGAGGGGUCUGCCGAAGAUGCCUCCUGGGUGAGGUGUUGGGGGCAUGUCCCACUGGGAGGAGGCCCUGGGGCAGACCCAGGACACGCUGGACAGAUUACAUCUCUCGGCUGGCCUGGGAACACCUGGGUGUUCCCCCGGAUAAGGUGGAGGAGGAGGCUGGGGAGAGGGAGUUCUGGACUUCUCUGCUUAGGCUGCUGCCCCCGCAACCCAGCCCCCGGAUAAGUGGAAGAAGAUGGAUAGAUAUUUUUUGAUGAUGCUUGAAAUGUUUUCAGUUGGUGAAAGAUCUGAAGUGCAGGCGAGUUCUGCACCCAGACUCUCCUACUAUAAAGCCGUGCUAUUGUAAUAGCUGCAGUAUGUGGAUCAAGAUUGCCCUGCAUGUUUCAGCAAGACAAUCUUGAAAAUAAAUUGGACUGGAUGGAAGCAUGUGUUGCUCUAAAACCUGUACACAGUACUCAUGCUGAUGGGGCCUUUCUUGAUGCGAAAGCUGCUAAUUCCACAGGCGCUAAUGCAACCCUUUUGAACUGAGCACUGAUAAUAUGGUCCCCUCGUCUUUAGUUGGGAGGACAUGGCGUAUGUUUUCCAAAAAGAAUACAAAAUUUUGGAUUUGCCUAACCACAGAACCGUUUUUCUCUUUGCCUCAAUCCAUUUCUGGAUUCAGAAAUGUUUCUUUGCACAGCUUUAACCUAUGUUUGUGGAUGGCACGGUGAAUACAUUCACAGACAGUGAAUGAGCUCAUGCAAUGGUUUCCAUGACAGAAUCAUACUUUUUUCAAUUCAGUGCAGACAUUCAGAAAUUUAGCAAUGAUAUUCAGGCUUGUCCUUUGCACACAGAGAUUUCUUCAGAUUCCCAGAAACGUUUGAUGACGUUAUGUACUCUGAAAGAUUUCCUUGCAACUUUACACUGGGGAACAUUCCUCUAAAAUUGUUCUACAAUUUGUAGAUACAGUUUUUUUUGUGAUUGUCAACCUCUGCUCAUAUUUUCAUCUAAGAAGUUCUGCCUCUCUAAGAUGCUAUUUCUAUAACCUGACUUGUUGCCAAUUAACCUAAUUAACUGCAAAAUGUUUCUCCAGCUGUUUCUUUUUAGUACCACCUUCUUUUCCAUCCUUUUGUUGCCCAGUCCCAACUUUUUUGAUGUUGUUGCCUUCAAAUUGAAAAUGGGCAACAUUUCUAUUUAAUGAAAAAUUGUAUUUUUCAGGAAGUAGCAUAACAACGAGGAAGGAUCACUGAACCCACAGUCCAGCCCAUCCAACAGUAGUAUUAAGUAUAAGAAUGGACUAAGGUUGUCCUUAUCUUAUGACAUUAGUUAACUUAGCUAAUGCUGCCUGUAGAUAAGCCUGUGGUUGAGGAUGUAGGAAAUAAACAGCACAUUAGCUUCCAAAGCUGAGCUCCUUUGCUGGUGCUGAUUCUACGUGGCAUGGUUUGUUUUUGUUUAAUGAAGACAUAACCAUAUUUUAAUGAACGUGGGCGAUGCCAGCUAAUGCUAUUUCUAGCUAGCUUGUUUAUUUCAUUAGGAUGCUAACUUUGACUAGCAAAAAGGAGCCUAAAAUAAACUACAUAUUGGAGAACUGACCACCCCACCGCUUGGAAUAUCUUUUCGUACAACCAGUGCUGAACAACAGAGGUGGGACGUAAAUACUUCAUUACUUAGUUGAAUAGAAUUUCCAGAUAGCUGUACUUGUUUGUACUUUUACUCCCUACAUUUGUACUCAAAUAUCUGUGCUUUCUACUCCUUAUAUUUUCAAAACAGCUUGUUACAUUAGGUUUAACGAUUUUGAGGUAAGUUUUUAUUUCUUGGUACUGUGGAAUUUUAUAGCAUUAUAUAGCUUUUCAGCAUUAUAUUGUUUAAACAUUAUAAUUUUAAGCAGGCCCCUGUGUGACCUUAGGAGUAAGAAUAGUUGUAGCAACAUCACAGGAAAAAGAUGCAUCGGCGAGAUACUAAGAAAUAGUACAGAAGUUACAGUGGAUAACGGGGGCAACAGGGCAGCGUUAAGAACAGUCUAACACAUUGGAUCAGUAUAGACUAGAAAAGCAGAACUAAGGAGGAGAGCGUAAACUCCCAGCGCAACACACACUUGACACCUACAAACCGCACACUCAUGACACUUGACUUGACCCACACACACACACUCCUACAGUGCAGACAGGAAGACACACACAUUGCAGAUAGAGACAUGUACAUCACACACACACAUUCACAAUUAAGAUAUGCAAUUAAGAAAGGGGUUAAAGAUAGGGCAAGACCUUAAAAGGAAAGGUAGAAGAUGAUAGAUGAGGAAGAAGUUGUUUUGAUUGAAACUGUGUAUGACGUAUAGGCGAACGUGAUAACAGAAUAACAGGAAAGGUGGGAGGCAAAUAAGGAACUUUGGAAUAUUAUAAAUGUAACAGUUUGAAGGACUGCCCUUUGAAUCUGCAAGAGGCUUCAUGCUGAGCUGAUUCCCUUCUGCGCAGGGGUUGAAAUAAAGAAGUUGAUUGAAUUGAAGAAGUCUGUCUCGAGUCGUUCGUUCGUUUUGGUUUUUCACCAGGUCAGAGAAAAAGGAUCGGGAGAGGCGUCAACUCGCCGACAGUUUUGUGCACCUUAAAACAGAUUUGUGCCUAAAUGAAGGGAACGAUGAGGCAUAAAAGACAAUCCUAUUGGUUUAGCCAUCACCAGCGCUUACGGCAUACAGCGAA